UUCUUGAAACAGCUCGACAUUUCAAAAUCCUUCGUUUGAAAUGUUGAACCAAACGCUCCUUCUCUAGCUCCUCCUAUGCCUCCUUCGUCCUUUAAUGGCGACUUCUGCUUUCAGUUCAGCCACCAAACGAGCCACGCCACUGCCCAAAACCUCCACCAGUGGCGACGACGGAGAAUCUUCUUCCUCCGCCCGGAUGUCCGCUCAGAGGAGGCACCGGAGCUUGAGCCGAUUCUCUCACCGUCGCAUGCCGGAUCGGGACGUCGGAAUCACGACGGCUAGGAAGGGGAAGUUCGUCAACACUGUUCGGGGCUCUGGGUCGCCUGAGAUUAGCCUCGACGACUUAGCCGUGGAGUUCUUCGACUCGUUAUCCGCCGAUAGUAGUGGAAUCAGCAGCACAGAGAAAGGACGACCUGGGUCGAGGAAAUUCAGCGGCAGAAGCGACGGAGACACAACGGUGUCGCAGAGGCGGGGGCGGUCUGUGUCUAGGGCUUUUCUCGGAGGCGGUGGCGGCGCAGUAGUACGGAGGCUGACGGCGGAUACAGAGAGCUCGAUGCGGCGGCGAUCGGUUUCAAGACAGUCUGCGAGGGGCAAUGCCGGCGAUCAUGGCGGCGCAGGAAGCGCAAAUUCACGGCGGCGACGGUCGCUCUCUGUUGUCCGGUGCCGGAUUAGCGAUUCCGAGAGCGAUUUCGAUCAAUUUCAGAGUUCAAGCAAUGGAGGAAACUUGAAGAAUUCCGUCAACGGAAAUGGUCAGAUUACUGGAUCUCAUUACAAGCCAGUUGUUUCGGCUCUCAGACCGGUUUUAAGGAGGUCUUUUAGCCAAAACGAAAUCAAGUACCAUGAUGGCUACUCUAGCCAUUCUUCAGCUAUCACAAUCACAGACGAUGAAGGAAAGGACGCACGUUCUGGAAAGCAUGGAGGUGAAAGGAUAAUCAGAGCGGUAUAUACGCAGAAUAAGGCAACCACCAAAACAAGGAAAUCAUUGGGUGGCAGUGAUGCCGACCAUGAUAUCGCCUCGAUUACAAAAGAUUAUGCAACAAAAUUACAAGAGUCUGAGGAGCGGAAGAGGGAUUUGCUAGCCGAGAUUUUGUUGGAGGAUCAGCGUGGUAAGGAGCUCUCGAAGAUUGUAAAAGGAUUACUUACCGAAAGUAGCUCUGAAGUUAGCCAAAAGCCUUCACGGGCACGCAAGAGGAGCAAGGACAGGAGCAGGAUAUCGACGUGCUUAACUGAUGAGGCAGAGAAACACAUCGAAGAGUUCAUUUCAAACAUCGAAGACACAGAUUUCUCAUCUCCGGAUGAUGAAAGGAGCGAGACAAGUUCGAGUUUCGGCAUUAUAAAAACGGAUAGUGGAGUUGUUCCCAAGUUUGCCCGUGUCGAGAUGGAUGGCAUUAUUCUCCCAUGGCUGCAAUGGGAAACUUCGACCGAUUCUCCUCCGCUCCCAUACCUAAGCAAGUCAAUACACACACCAAUCACAAGAUCUAAGAUCUGGGUAUCUGGUUCGAUUCAGGAUGAUACGACUUCUGUGCACGAGACGAGCAUCCGUUCCACCAGCAGCAGUAGAGGAAGCUCGAGUCCCGCAAAACCUUCCGACCCGGGAAUCACCCGAGGGAAAGUAUCAUCAUCAAGCGGGCUGAGGAAACUAAAGAUAGAUGUUUCGGAUUAUCUGAAACGAAAAGGCGAGGCGGGUUUUCUAUACGAAUCAUGGAAGCUUAGGCACAGAACGGAUUCAGGAAGUCUUGUGCUUUGUAGCCGUUUAUUGAUUUAGCUUUACAAUGCAAAACUCGGAUUUUUUUUUUUUAAUCCUCAAUGCAUUUAGACAGGAGACAAUGGCUAUAAAUUGUACAGAUAAUUUUUAUGGUCGGCUCGAAUUAGUUGUGUGUCAGUGUGUGUGGGCACGCUCUGCGCAUUUAUCACUGAAUAAAGGCCCAUUUCAUAAAGGCUUCAUCUUGUUCUUAAACUUUUUUUCUAGGUUUUUUUAAAAAAAAAUAGGAAGAAAUACUUGUUUCUACUUUCUAGGAUUUAGUAUAAUACUGUAUUC